AUGUUCAUGCUACCCAUUAUUGAUGAGUACAUUGCAACAUCGCAAGUCAUUGAUGCUUUAUUUCCAUCGGAUGAUCUUGUUCAGGCAACAAGGAGAGUUUUAAAUCAAAUUUCUAUAGCUGAUGAUGAAAAGAAAUCCAUGAUGUUAUUUGAGCCUUGGCAAGUGCGAAUUAAUGAAAAAGACAAUGAAUUAUAUUUUUCAGAUGUUUCCGAAGGAUAUAUCUAUACAUUAGAUUUACUAACAAAAAAUGUAAAUCUGGAAAAGGGGAUUGUGAGUUCUCAUUUCCACAUUGAUGAUUUGGCACUCGAUGAAAAUGACAACUUGAUUGUAUGUGACACAUACAAUCAUCGUAUUCAAGGAAUUUCCAAGCUGACUGGUUCCAUGUUGUUUAAAUUUGGAAGUUUUGGAGAUUCUAAGGGUUGCUUGUCCUCUCCAAAGGGAGUGGUGUACGACAAGAAACAAGCACAAUUCGUAGUUUCAGAUACUGGAAAUAAUCGUAUUCAAAUUUUUGACCGUUUUGGACAUUGUUUGAAGACUUUUAAGAGUCGAGAUGAUGACUCCAUGUAUAUGAAACCUCUUGGAAUUUGUAUCAGUUAUCAAUUACAAGAAUUAAUCGUUUGUGAAAUUGGAACUUUACGAAUUCAAAUAUUCAAAAAUUGGAAAAGGAGAUCUCAUGAAAUGCAACAAAAUCUCAUAUAUCACUUUGAUAAGUUUAAUGAUAUUUCGAUCAUCGUGUCAAAUGGUGAGACUGUUGAAAUUUCAAAUAAUUAA